AACAAAACACAACUUUGUAUGUUGACAACUGCAUCAUCGAUUUCAUUCUCGAAAACACUUUUCAUUUCAUCACAAUUACAAAACUCAGGCAAGCACUCAGAACGGCUUUGUUUCGGCUUAAAUUCGAACGGACAAUGGCACAUUAGUGAAACGGACAAAUUUAUAUUCUGUUAAACGUGCGGUUCAAGCGACUAAAGGAAUUGAAUAUUCGCUGGAGAUACCCCUUAAAUAGCCAAAGGAUUCGGGUGAAACGAAAAGGACUGAAAAAAUGGCGUUGGGAACAACGUUACUGAAGUCGCAGACGUCUGCUUUGCAGCAAUUGUUAGAGGAAAUUAAUUUUCAACGUACGAAAGAAAUGCGACAACUGCUCAAAGACGACGGUGGCUUUGUCGUCUUACAAGGUACAACAUACUGGACGGAUCUGUUCGUACGUCACUUUCUAUUCCAAUCCGAACCGGAUCACAGUAUAGACUCGGACGAUUUACUGUUCUUCGUGCGAAAGAAACAUGUCAAAGGUACAUCUCGACAGAUGCCCAAGUACGAUACCGAGGUUAAUGUGUUCCGUAAGGAUUCACGUAAACUGCCGAUUGGCGAUCCAGACGUUGACUGGGAGGAAACCGUUUAUCUGAACCUAAUCAUCCAUCAAUUCAACUACACGCUAACGCUAGCUAUCUGUACGCGAACAUCACCGAAAGAAUUACAAGUGUUGCGUCGCCAUUCGCAGAGAGUUUAUGCGUCGCCGAGUCGCAGGAAAAUGGACACUAAAGGCGACGGCGAAGAGAUGACCUAUCCGCACAUUUGUUUUAUGGUCGACAAUUUCGACGAAGUGUUCAGUGAUAUAAUGGUUCGUGAUGGCGAAAUGGUCUGCGUGGAGCUGGUGGCAAAUGACAGAGAUGGCAGUGUGCAGGGUGUGAUAUUCCUCGGAUCCAUUCGUUACGACGCUCUGAAGAAGGUGUACGAUGCAAGGCAAUCGAGUCUCAGUUCCAAGGUAGCACAAAGAAUGACAUUCGGAUUUUUCAAUUCACCCGGACCACAGACUCGAUGUGAAUUUGUUCGGAUGAAGGGACCGCAAGGCAAGGGUCACGCUGAAAUGGCGGUGACGAAACCAAAGGGAUCUGGAGUUGAGACACCUACCAGUGAACCGGGUUUCUGUGCAACGGACAUGUGGGACGAAUGGGACGAGGAUCCUGAUGAUUACUACAAUACGCGGCAUCAACGACGAUUGAGUGAUCCAAGUGCCAAUUUAAACAAUUUUAGUCGCUAUGGAUGGAAAUCAAAAAGUUCAACGGCUGACAAUAAUUCUGUUGGAGCAAAAGCCCGAUCCGAAAACGAGGGACUUGAUAGCUUAGCUAGUGAAGUAUCGGAAAUUGAAGGCGGCGAUCUAAGAGAUGAUCGUCCUGCUUCCUCAGCAUCGGAUACCAAAUUGGCAACGAAAACAACCACUUGCUGUAAUUGUUUCGGACCGAAAAAACGUUGGAGCGAUUCAGCAUCUGGCCAAAUGUCUGAUGUUUACUGUCGCACUUGUGACGAUGACAUUGACUUUGACUCGCCGGCCUGUCUAGCCAAUAUUACACCAAAGCGCGGUAAACCGAAGCAUAGAAAUCUGUUGACCAUUGAGAGUGAGCUAGAGAUACCGAAUGUUAAAGAGCCGAAAAAAGAGCGCAAAUUGUCGGUAAGGGAGAAAAAUCACGAAAAUCGAAAAAAUGUCAAAGAAAAUUGCCUGAACGGCAAGAAUAACAAUAAGAAAGUGGAAGAAUAUGAAUUAGCCCAGCUGGCGACCGCAUUCGACGAUGAUCUAUCGGUUGAUAUUGUUAAGAUGGGCGUUUUAAACGAAUUCGAAUCGAAAAUAAUGAUUCGGGUCCAGGGCAAAGAGGAACUUCCAGCUACACAGACGACGAAUACCCGAACAAAUACAGACGCUAGUGGACUGAACAAUGUGAAUUUGAAUAAAUAUUCUUCCGUCGAUAACUGUAGCAACAGCCAUCCAUUAGAUUCUAACAGAAUUUUAGAUAAUCUCGUUGACAAUACGAGCACGUCGAACGACGAUCGAUGUGCGGAGACGACAAGCAAAAAGCCGAAAAAUGAUGAGGCACUGACUGACGAUUACAAUGGCAAUGAUGGUAGCAGAUUCGAUCGGCUGAAUCGCACCUAUUCCACGCUUCCGAAAAUGAAAAACAAACAGAAUGUGCCUAAUGCGAUGAGACCGUUGCGUAAAGUACCGAUGCGAACGACCCCAGAUGGUACGAACAUUUACUAUUGGUGUGACGUGCCCAAGAAAAUGCAAAAAGAGCUCGACGACGGUGCAUACAAUCCACUGUGGGCUACUCGAGGAUUUACUCAGACAUUCCAUUUUUGGAAGGAGCACAGAAGGCAACAAUCGACGCCGCUGAAUGCAUUUUUAACUUAUGUAACAUUGCCUUGGUGGAGCAUUGCUAAAGAUCUGCUAGAUCAUCGCGAAACACCGAUAUUAACAUUUUAGUCAACAUCCACUUAACUCAACUUUGCUUGUACUUAUAAUCCGAUACACAUCAAACGACAAACAUUUUUUUGGCGGCUUUUUUGAACGUUUUCUUGCAAUUUUUUGAACAUUUUUUUUAGAGGAAGUAAUAGACAACAGACAAUUUAAAGUUAAAAACAGUUAUAAAGCGCAGACAAUUCCGAACGAUUUACUGGUUUAAGUUUCUGUGAUAAAUUCAAUUCAAAUUUCGUUAACUUGAACGUUCCUUUUAUGUUGUGAACAAAUUUUACUUUUCUUGUAGUCAAAGCCAAAAAUUUAAACUUUUUUAUUUGAGAAAAAUAAAAUAAAAAAAAAGUUGAAAGAAA